AUGACAACACAGAACUUACCACCUAAUCAAGAUCCUGCUAGUCCUUUUUAUCUGCAUCCUACAGAUAACACUGCAAAUCAGUUGGUUUCAGUGAAGUUCAUGGGAGAAGGAUAUGGAGAUUGGAGAAGGAGUAUGAUGAUCUCUAUGUCUUCUAAAAAUAAACUAGGCUUUGUGAAUGGUAGAUUGCCAAAACCUGAUCCUACUGAUAUAACAUAUGAAGCAUGGUUGAGAUGUAAUGACAUGAUGAUUUCAUGGAUAUUGUUUAACCUGGAUUCGGUGAUAUCUAAAAGUGUGUUGUAUUUCAAUACUGCAAGAGAGAUAUGGCUUGACCUAGAGGAUAGAUUUGGAUUUGUUUCUGGUCCACAACUUUAUGCACUUAAAAGGCAAGCAUCAGACAUCACACAAGGUUCACAGAAUGUAGCUGAAUUCUUUACUGAGAUCAAGUCAAUAUGGGACAAGAUCAGUGCAGCAAAUCCUCUUCCAACUUGUACUUGCAACUUAUGCACUUGCAAUUUGACACAAAAGAUUUUCAAGAUGCAACAAGAACAGAGGUUGAUGCAGUUUCUUAUGAAACUAGGAGAGCAUUUAGCUGCAGCUAGAGGCAACUUACUCAUGAUGCAACCACUCCCAACACUAUCACAUGCAUAUAGGAUGCUGGCACAAGAAGAAAGACAGAAGGAAAUUAGUGCUCCUGUACAGCAUGAGAGUCAUGCUUUUGCAGCAGACAGAAGAAGGUAUAAUGAUUACCAAGGGAGAAAUAAUUACAGAGCGCAGCAAUCAGGCUAUCCUAGGAACAAUUAUCAAUCAACUGGAGGGAACAAAGCAACUGGCUAUAAGAGACCUCCAUCCAGCUACUACUGUGAUCACUGUAAGGUUAAUGGACACAGCACAGAGAGAUGUUUCAAAUUGCAUGGUUUUCCACCAGGUUUCACAGGGUUCAAGAGUGACAAAAGAGCUGCUUCUGCUGUCUAUACUGAUGAAGCUUACUAUGAUGAUAUGACUGAAUAUCAACAACAAUAUUUUCCUAAUGACAGAGAGCAACAACCACAACAGCCACAGGCAAACUUUUUCACACCAGAGCAAUGUACACAAUUGCUAAAUCUACUGAGCAAGCAACAGGUUGAGAAAGUGGCUGUCACAGAUACUCAGUUUGAGGAAGGGGACAGUUCAGGCCAUGCAUUCAUGGCAGGGCCAUUUAAUGAAAGAGAAACAGGUUCUUGGUAGUGUGAAGUCAGGUCUUUACAGUGUGGAUUCAGAACAACAUCAGUCUGCAACUUCUUCCACUACAUGUCUAGCAGCAACAACAUGCACAGAUUCCAAGGUUUGGCACUUGAGACUUGGACACAUGCCUUAUUCCAAGAUGAAAUUUGUUGUUGAUUCUUUAGUUUCUACUGGUCUUGGUGAUAGUAUAUGUCAGAUUUGCCCUGCAGCUAAGCAAACUAGAAAUUCCUUUCCCAUUAGUAGUAUUAAGACCACUAAGAUGUUUCAAAUGAUUCAUUUGGACACUUGGGGGCCUUACAAGAAUAAAACACACAAUGGUUGUACUAUGUUUCUUACCAUAGUGGAGGAUUUUACAAGAACUACUUGGACAUAUCUUUUAAAAUCCAAAACUGAUGCUGUACCUGUACUUGUCUCUUUUCUGAAAAUGGUGGAAACACAGUUUGAUUCAAAAGUCUUGUGUGUAAGAUCAGAUAAUGCACUAGAAUUGUGUGAAGGUGACAUGAAAUUACUUUUCCAAAACAAGGGAAUUGUGCAUCAAACAAGUUGUAGUGGAACCCCCCAACAAAAUGGGGUGGUAGAAAGGAAGCAUAGAC